AUGUCCUCGUUCGGUCUAAGUGUCUCUGGUGAGAGAUAUUCUGUUCUGUUUUAUGGUUUUGAUUGUAUAUUGCAUGGAAAUAUAUUUUUAUUAAUGUAACCAUGUCUUAUGACGCUACAUGUUCAUUAACAGUAAAGGUACUUUAUAUGCAUGACUUCACAACCCAGUUUUAACAAUCUCGUUCUCAGACUCGACCGAGAAUUCCUGUUACCUUUGUCCAGCAGACAAAGAUAAAUGAGUACAGUAGCCUGUUUCUGUCACUGUAACGGACUUUGAGGAUCAGAUUGUAGAUUUAUAGCCCCUCCCCAGAGAGCGUGCUUCCCAGGCUAUAGCUACAUGCUUCAUUGCAGGCUUAUCAACUUUAUCCAUCUUAUAUCAUUACAGAAGUAUUGACAAGUAUAUAAGCCUCCUCACAAACUUUCUUUUGGCUAUCACACUAGUCUAGUGUGUCAGGAGGCUGUACCUCUUGAUACUCCAGUAAUCACUUAUGACACCCAAUUGAUAAAUGGUAUAAAUAGUAUAAAUAGUAUAAUAUUAUGAUUAUAGUUUUAUAAUUAUUAGUCCCAUCAAAACAACGAAUAAUCAAAAUUGUGAGUCAGUUUGGGUUAACUUUUCCUAUCCUGUUUCUGCACUGAAGAACCUAUGAACAACAUCUAAUUCAAUGGCCUAGGAGGUAAUCUUUCUGUAGAGGACUAUAUCCCACCUCAUUCCUGCUUGUUACUUAUUAGCACACCGGAUUUUAUUUUGUUCUGUUAGGUAUGUUUAGUCAGAUUAGUGGAUGAGAACUGGAUGAUUUUGUGACAUCUGCACAACAAUCUCACCCAAAUAUUGUUAUUAGAAUAGUGAAAGGAUUACUGCAAAGUAAAGGACAUUGUGUGCAGCAGGAGAGAAUCAGGCAGUCUCUUUUGAGGGCUGAUCCCAUUAGAGUAAUGCAGCAUUGGAGUGUUGCAGUCAGAAGAAGACAGUACAAUGUCCAAUCUCCCCUCGUUCUUUGGCAUAUUGAUGGCCACCAGAAAUUAAUAAGGUAAAUAACUGAAUUAUCUUCUGGCAUGACCAAUGGAUCAUAGAAAAAUCAUCAAAUUAAUGAAUAAUAAUUUUAUGAAUUGAAUAUAAUUAAGUGAUUGAUAUUGAUUUUUAUUAGUAUUUUGAAUGAAAAUUGAUACUUGCAAAACAAGCAUCCUCGAUUAUCAGAAUUCUUGAGUGGCAAUUUUUUUGCAUUUGAGCAUGCUUGAGGUGACAUGGUGGACUAAAGUCCUGUAAUAAUUUUAUUUUUUAAACUCUCCACAACCUUACAUUUUCUAAAUGUUAACAAGUGGUGAAUAGUUUUGCAUGAUUGUGGAAUUGGUAGAUAUUCCAGAAUUCCUGUGUAUCUAUGUGCAUCAGAUAACAACAAGGCAGAAACUGUUCUUGGUUUGUUCUUUGAUGCAGUUGGUGAAUAUGGGUUACCAUCAUGUGUACGAUCAGAUAAGGGUGGAGAGAAUGUAGACAUUUCAUGGUAA